AUGAAAGUUUUUAUUUUAUUUUUAUUUAUUUUUUCUCUGGUAAAUGGAAAGGGACAUUAUGCAAUUUCUAAAACACAGGGAUAUAAAAUGUGGGAUGUAAUUUAUAGAAGGGAUGUUGAUAUACAAUUUGAAGUAUGGAAUGACUCUGAAAUGGAAGGAACAUUAAUUUCUAUAUACCAUCAACCUUAUGAUCAUCAAGAAUUAGUUUUUGAUUGGUAUUUAUCUGCAAUUUCUAAUGAGAUGAAAGUUCGAUGGUUAGUUGAUGUAAAAAAUGAUAGUCAAGAUGACACAGAUGUCCCUCAUAUCAGAGAAGUUAAAUUUCCCACUAAUAUGGUUACUGAUGAUUGGCAUAAACCAAUGCUAUCAAUAAGAGAUAACAAAAUGAUGGUUGUUGAUGAUUGUAAAAUUGUAUGGGCAAUGAAAGAUUUUAAUUUAAUAAGUAAAAAAUUAAAAGGUAUUAGAAUUUAUAUUGGGCAUAAUAUACAUAAAAGUAAUAAAUUUCCCGGUAAAAUAAGAGAAUUUUCAAUUGAUCAUGGAACACCAAUUUCAUUAUUAUGUCCUUAUCUUGAUACAUCUUUGUUUACUAAAAACAAUGAUAAUGAAGAUGAAAUACACAAUGAGGAGGAAGACAAUGGCAAUGAUGACAUUAAUGAUGAUAAUAAAAUAAAGUUACUAGAAAAUGAAGUUAAUCAUAUUAGAUAUGUAGUUAAAGGUUUGGUAGAAAGAGUUAAAAAAGUUGAACUUCAUCAAAGAGGAUGUUCUGGAACUGGAGGUCAUGUACUAUCUUUUGGAGAAAAAUACCAAGAUUUGGUAAAUUGUACUGAAUGCCAAUGUUCAACAACUGGAAAUUUACAAUGUGGACCUAUUGGUUGUCCAAAGUUAGACUGUAAACAUCCUACAAUUUUAAAAGAUAAAUGUUGUCCUAUUUGUGGAAAAGAAUGUUGGUAUAAUGGUAUAAAUUACCAUAAUGGAGAAGUUUUUUGGCCCAAAAGUUGUGUUAAAUGUGAAUGUGAAGAAGGGAAAAUGAAUUGUCAAUUUAAAAAUCCAACAUCCUGUCCUUUAUUAUCUUGUAAUGAAGAGGAGCAAAUAACUCCACCCAAUGAAUGUUGUCCUAAAUGUAAAAAAGAAAAUUGGUGUGAAAAAGAAAAUUAUAUUGAUAUAGACUAUCCAUGUGAUCAAAAUGCUAUAUGUAUUCAUGAAGAUCAUGGACCUAAAUGUUUAUGUAAAGAGGGAUUUUUUGGAAAUGGAACAAAAUGUUUUGAUAUUGAUGAAUGUCAUAUAUCUGAAAGGCAAAAUAAUUCUUGUAAUCAUGGUACAGUAUGUAUUAAUACACCAGGUUCAUUUAAAUGUGAUUGUCUUCCUGGUUUUGUUAGAAUUGAUGACAAACAAUGCUUAGACACAAUUCACUAA